CACCUUCCUGUAGCCAACGCUGUUUCGCCGCCCGCCACGCUUCCCUUCGAACUCCGCAUCCAAAGUUCCCAACGCCGCGAAAGUCCCCCCUCCCCCGAGAAGGAAACCGAAGAAACAUACCGCAUCUCUCUCUCUAGAACUCAAACCUUCCUUUCUCUCUCUUCCUCUCGAACUGGGUCUUCUCCGCCAAUGAAGCAGCGGCCCACCAACCCAUCAGAUUCAUCCCCCGCCGCCGCCGCCGCCGCCGAAGGGCCCCUCGUAUGACGACGCGGUUCUUCCCCGCCGCGGUGUUCUUCCUCGCCGUCGCCGUCGCCGUCGCGCUACCCGCCACCGUCUAUGGGCUCGGCGCCGGCGCCACCGUCGCAGCCGCCUACGGCUCCGGCACCGUGUGCGGCGUCGUCGCCUCGCAGCGCACCCGCGCCGUCCGGUGCUACCGCGGGGGCGUGCUCCUCGGCGUCCUCCCCAACGUUUCCUUCUCCGAGGUCUCCGGCGGCCGGGGCUACUUCUGCGGCCUCGUGUCGGACGGGUCCAGCUACCUCUGCUGGGACGCUCUCAGCCCCAAUACGACCCUGCUCCCCCGGCGGGUCUACCUCAACGAGUCGGCCCUGUUGAAGAACCUCGCCGUGGGUGACGACCAGGUCUGUGCAUUGGUGAGUGCCACGGGAGAGGUGAAAUGCCGGAGGAUCGAUGACUCUUUUCAGGUACCGUCCGGGGCUGAUCGAUUCUCGUCGAUUUCAUCUGGGUUUGGGUUUACUUGCGGAAUUUCGAUGAAUACGAGUCGUGUCCAGUGCUGGGGUAGCAAUCGAAUCUCGAAUGAUAUUCAAGCGAUUCAAAAUGGGUUCGGGAGCAUGCAAAUGUCGAGUAUCGUCGCAGGUGGUUCACAUGCUUGCGGCAUUAAUUCUACUGGUUCUGUAGUUUGCAGCGGGAACAAUUCUUCUGGGCAGCUUGAUGUUCCUUCCCAUUCAUCCUUUGAGUUCUCUUUGUUGUCUCUAGGUGCUACUCAUAGCUGUGCAAUGAGGCAAGCGAAUAACAGUGUCACCUGUUGGGGUGGCAAUGGACAGUAUUCAGUCUAUGGAACUGAUUCAAUUUCAUUUGAAUUGAUCGUUUCGGGUUCGAAUUUCACUUGUGGAUUGAUAUCGAGUAAUUAUUCAAUCGGGUGUUGGGGUCCUGGUUGGCCUGGUGAGUCGGCUGAGGGGCUCCAGGUGCUUCCAUUGACAAAAAUCCUUCCAGGGCCUUGUGUUCUGUCAGUUUGUGAAUGUGGAAUAUUCGAUCUGUCACAGCUUCUAUGCAGUGCCUCCGGUGUGAUUUGCAAGCCGUGUCGUAUCCAAGCACCAAUCCUUCCGCCUCCCCCACAAGCAAUGCCGCCGCUGCCGCCGUCGCAAGCGCCACCGGCACUGGUCUCCCCUCCAUCCUCCCCAUCACGAGCUCUUAGAAGGGGCUUGUUGGCCUUUGCGAUUGUUGGGUCAGUCGGAGCAUUAGCGGGAAUUUGCACGUUGAUUUACUGCUUGUGGAGCGGGAUGUGUUUUGGGAAAAAGAAGGUGCAUAAUUCAGUUCAACCUACAAUUACUAGGGGCAAUUCGAGUGGCGAGACGACGUCGACCACUAGCCCUUAUUCGAGAUCAUCCACCAUAAGGCGCCAGAGCUCAAGAGUGAUGAGGCGCCAGAGCUCAAGAGCGAUGAGGCGCCAGAGAAGCGGGACCUCUUCGAAGCACCAAGAUAAGGCAGAGGAAUUUUCUUUUGCAGAGCUAGCAGGGGCCACUGGCAACUUCUCCCUCGAGAACAAAAUCGGAGCCGGCAGCUUCGGCAUUAUUUACAGAGGGAAAUUACAUGAUGGUCGUGAAGUUGCUAUAAAAAGGAGUGAAACCGGUCCAAGGACGAAGAAGUUCCAGGAGAAAGAAAGUGCUUUCGAAUCUGAACUUUCAUUCUUGUCCCGGCUUCACCACAAACACUUGGUUAGGCUAGUUGGGUAUUGUGAAGAAAAAGAUGAGAGGCUCCUAGUGUACGAGUACAUGAAGAACGGAGCUCUUUACGAUCACUUGCAUAAUAAAGAUAAUGUCGAGAGAAGUAGUAGUCCUGUGAAUUCGUGGAAGAUGCGGAUCAAGAUUGCGUUAGAUGCUGCCAGAGGGAUUGAAUAUCUACACAACUAUGCAGUGCCUCCCAUUAUCCACAGAGACAUCAAAUCUUCUAACAUAUUGCUGGAUGCCAACUGGAUGGCCCGAGUGUCCGAUUUUGGAUUAUCAUUGAUGGGUCCUGGGUCUGAUCAUGAUCUGAGGCCAUCCAAGGCUGCAGGAACAGUCGGGUACAUUGAUCCCGAGUACUACAGUCUGAAUGUGUUGACUGCGAAGAGCGAUGUGUAUGGCCUUGGGGUGGUAUUGUUAGAAUUACUGACGGGGAAGCGCGCGAUAUUUAAGAACGGUGAGGAUGGAGGGACGCUGAUCAGCAUUGUGGAUUUUGCUGUUCCGGUGAUAAAGGCGGGGGAACUGGCAAAGAUCUUGGACUCGAGGGUGGGGUCGCCAGAGUUGAACGAGGCGGAUGCGGUCGAGCUGGUGGGUUACACGGCGAUGCACUGCGUGAAUUUGGAAGGGAAGGACAGGCCAACCAUGACCGACAUUGUAGCUAAUUUAGAGAGGGCAUUAGCUCUAUGUCAAGAUAGCCACGGGAGCAUCUCCAGCGACAUAAUCUCCAUUGCUUCAGAAUGAAGUGGAGGAACAAAUAAACCGAAAAAGAAAAAGAAAAAACCGACACAAGAUCUCUUCUUUCACCAUGUUCAUUUUUGUUUUCACGUUUGGGAGGGAUGAUGAUCCAGAUGGAUUUCAGGGGAUUCUUGAUUGUAAAGUGGGGUUAGGCAUUUUCCAUUUUCCAUCUAACCUUGAGCUGUAGUGUCGUUACGAUUCUGUGAACAGCAGUGAGAGAGGCCCCGAGAGGGGGAAUUCAGAUGUCAUUUGAUUAUUUCAUUGAAGCAAAGAAAAUCAACUUCACGGUC